AAUUUCUCUAAACUCUAUCAGACAACUCAUUGGCUAUCAAUCAUAAUCUUUAAUGGGUUAAUCCUUGUUAUUCCUCUCUCCUUCAUACAUGUACUGCAGACACAAUUCAAUUUAAAUAGCAAGUUCAUUUUUUUCCACCAAGACAUCAAAGCAAGAUCAAAAGCCAGUACCCAGUUGUGGUGUGUUGUUCAUUAGCAUCCAUGGCGAGUCCUAUGACGCCAUCACAUGUUGUUAUUGCCUAUGAUGCCACCAAGGACCGCGGUGGGCAGGAGCUUAAGCUGACCAUUGAUGCUGUGAGGUUGAGGGGUGACAUUUUAAAGGCCGGUGACACCAUUGUUGUGCUUGGAGUCUUGCACAGGGUGGUUCAUCCAAUGGGAUAUAAUGCGAAACCAUACCCAGAAUUCUUUGGAACAAGCUUUCGUGCAGUGGAGGAAGAAGUUACAAAGAAAGUUGACAUGUAUGUUAACAUGCUUCUUGAAAGUGCGGAAAAGUGUGAAGAACAUGGGGUCAGCAUAGAAGUCAAAGUUACUGCUGGUUAUCCCAUCAAACGGGUUAUCUCGCAAGAGAUAAUGGCCUGUAAUGCAGCUUGGGUUGUACUUGAUAGGCACAUCAGACGGGAUUUAAGCUUCUACCUUAAGCAAAUACCUUGCAAGGUUGCAUUAAUUCAAGAUAGCUUAGCUGUGGAAGUUUUGAGACCUCAUACGACAGAUGAUACUGAUACUAUAGAACAUAAAACGUUCUUUUCUUUGUCCAAGCCUGUUCCACUAUCAAUUUUCCAAGCUACUGGAAACUAUGAGCAGUCAAUUAUUACGUGUUCAGGUUACUCUCUAUCUGUUGGUCUGGAAAGCUCAGAAAUGCCUAAGUCCAACUUGACGCCUUCAUCUACAUAUCAGCCAAGAGAGUAUGGUUCUUCAUUGGAUAUAGGGACUUCUUCUAAGAACGAAAAUUCAGGCAUACAAACCAAAGGAGACAUCAUUCAAUAUUCUACUUUUCAAAUUGUCCAGAAGCAAAAUAAAAGUUUCUCACGGCAGAGAACCUCAGAUGGGCCAAUUCUUUGUUCCAUCUGUGGAACGAGGACUGAAAUGUAUAUCAAAGAUUCUAUGAUAUUUAGUUACUUAGAGAUACAGAUUGCAACGAAGGAUUUUUCAAACGAAAACUUAAUAGGAGAAGGCGGAUAUGGUCAUGUAUAUAAAGGUAAGCUUAAGGCCGGACAGGAGAUUGCAGCAAAGGUGCGGAAAGAAGCAAGUAAACAGGGAUUCAAAGAAUUUCACUCUGAGAUCUAUGUCUUGAGUUUUGCACGCCACAAAAACAUUGUAAUGCUGUUGGGUUAUUGUUGCAAGGAAAACCAAAAUAUCUUGGUGUAUGAGUAUAUUUGUAACAAAUCUCUCGAGUGGCACUUAUUUGAUGAAAAAGCAGAAGUUCUUGAAUGGCACCGAAGGCAUGCUAUCGCCCUUGGAACUGCAAAAGGAUUGCGUUUCCUACAUGAAGAAUGUCGCGGAGGUCCUAUCAUUCAUCGAGACAUGCGACCAAGCAAUAUACUGCUCACACACGAUUAUGUUCCAAUGUUAGGUGAUUUUGGCCUAGCUAAAUGGAAGACCAAUGACGAUCUUGAAAGUACAAGGAUACUUGGGACAUUAGGAUACCUUGCUCCAGAGUAUGCAGAGAAUGGUAUUGUUUCUGUAAGAACAGAUGUAUAUGCAUUUGGCAUGAUUCUGUUACAACUCAUAUCUGGGCGCAAGAUUGUAGAUGGAAAUGGAGAAGAACCAACUGAAUCCCUGCGGGAGUGGGCAGAACCAUUGAUCCAUAGGCUAGCGCUACAUGAACUCAUUGAUCGUCGUCUUGGAGAUUCAUACGAUACAUACGAAGUCUACCUUAUGGCUAAAGCCGCAUAUGUAUGUGUGCAAGAAAGCGCUGAAAAGCGUCCAUCAAUGGGAGAGGUUGUCCGUAUACUCGAAGGAGAAAAUGACCAUUUCCACCACCUAGGAGAGCACUUUGUACCUCUGUGUGGGAAGUGAAGGGUAAAUGGCAAACUUCUUCAUUUGGCAGAUGUGCAGGUCUCGUGAUUAACUGAGGGGCAGAAGGAACCAUUUCUACAUUCCAGGAUAGCAAUUCUAGCUACCUCAUUACAGGAAUGGAGAAGACAAUGGCGCACUUAUAAUAUUACAGCUGUUUUUUUUUGGUAGCCUUUUCUUUUCUUGAUGAUGCUUCUAGGUUCUCAUGUUGUUUGUCAUUCUCCUUUUCACGGGCCAAGUGGGUUGGUUAACUUGGUUUCUCUUGGUUCCAGUCAAAGGCUGCAUAUUGUUUAUAAGGCUAUGAACAGUUAAAUAGAGAAAAUAUCGAAUGGCCUAGGCAAAUAAUAAGUUUGUCUUUUGAUGCCUUAUCUUAGAAUAAUAGAUGUCCUUUUGGUCUAAAUUAUGGAUGUUGUUGACAUAUAUACUGAUUUUUUUUUUUGAGAAAAUAGAUAACUUUAUUAAUUUA